AUGUGGGUGCUGCCUGCAAAUGUAACCGUUCCAGUCGAAGCACUGUGCUACCCUAGGCCUCAUCAAGAUGCCGAGGCAUGUGCCGUCAUUCAGGCGAAUUCCAACAGCUCAGCAUUUCAUGCAAAAUUUCCAGCUGGUUAUGAUUUACCACAUGAGUGGUCUUGCCAUGUACCGGGACGAAACUCUUCGACUUAUGUUCCCACGGAAUCAUGCGCUGAUGUUCAGCCAGGCGGGGCUGCUUCCUACUGGGGCGGUAGCGCAGCGCGUAUUGGCGGCGGCUUCACAUGGUCAGAUGUAUAUCCAGCAGCUCACGAUAAUGGUGUUGUUGUGGGCGGUACUUGUCCCACGAUUGGAAUUAUCGGUAGAUAUCUACAAGGCGGUGGACAUGGAGCAGCAAUGCAUGGAUAUGGCUUUGGGUCUGAUCAGGUUCUCGAAUUUAACGUUGUGUUAGCGGAUGACUCAAAGGUAUUAGCUAGUCCGUGCUCUAGCCCAGACCUCUUCCAGGCUCUUCGUGGUGGAUGUCCCAGAACAUACGGUAUCGUCACUAGCGCAACAGUUCGCACAUAUCCAGAGACCCCUAUGAGUGCACUGGUCUUGCAGAUCAUCCCACAGGAGUGUAGCGGUGCUGCAGCGAAGGACUUCUCACUCUCAGGUGUCAAUCCCGCGUUCCGCCGAGCGCUGCUGAUAAACAUUGUAUCACGCAGCUGGAAUGGCUUAACACCAUAUGCAGAUAUUAAGGCAGCUCAGAAAGAUGUGGCAUACCAUAAGGGCAAGGCUCAACUGGCUUUUGCACCCGAUACAGGUUCAUAUCUGAACGAAGGCAAUUUCCUUGAUCCUGACUACCUCACUAACCAGUUCGGAGCUGUUUUGCCUACCCUUGAGGCGGCUAAGAAGAAAUAUGACCCUACAGAUCUUUGCUAUUGUCCUACCUGCGUUUGUUCCCAGCAUUGGGCGGAAGAGGCAGAUGGCCACUUAUGUACUGUCUAG